AUGACGCAGAUCGGCUGGUUCGGUCUUGGCUCAAUGGGCCAGGCAAUGGCCUCUAACUUGCAGCGCCACCUUGCUACCAAGAAAGCCCUAAGCCUCAUCUACUCCAACCGCACUAUGGCGCGUGGAGCUCCCCUGCAAUCAUUGGGAGGAGUCCCCGAGCCCAGUUUCGAGAAGCUUGUGUCCAAGUGUGGAAUUAUUUUCACCAUGGUCUCAAAUGACUCAGUCCUGCAAAGCCUUCUAUCUAGCGCCAUGAACCAGUCACUUAAGGACAAGAUCUUCGUCGAUUGCUCAACGGUGCACCCUGAGACCGUCAGCUCUGCUGUGGCGCAGCUGAAAAGCAAGAAUGCAUCUUAUGUAGCAGCCCCGGUUUUCGGUGGUAAUCCCAUUGCCGUUGAUGGCAAGCUUGUUUUCGCGAUUGGUGGUCCUAAGAGUGCGACCGAUGUCGUCAAGCCUCUCAUUCAAGAUGUUAUGGGUCGUCGUGUGAUUGAGUGUGGCGAGGACGCUACCAAGUCCUCGCUUCUCAAGAUUGCAGGUAACAUUGUUACCGUGAAUAUGAUGGAGGCUGUGGGCGAAGCCCAGGUCUUUGCUGAGAAGACUGGGCUCGGAACUGGACCGAUGGAGGAGCUUAUUGGUGAGGCCUUCGGUCCUGUUGCCGGUGGAUAUUCUAAGAGGUUGACUACUGGUGCUUAUGCACCACCUGUGGACUCUCGUCCUGGAUUUGGAGUGUCUCUCGCCAUCAAGGAUGCCAGACAUGCCAUGACAAUGGCCCAGGAGCAUGGCGUGGAGCUUCCCGGACUUGAGUUAGCUCGUGCGAACAUGGAGUCGGCAAGAGAAUAUGGCGGGGAGUGCUUGGAUAGCAGUGCAAUGUAUGGCACUUUGCGCCAGAAAGCCGGACUGGAGUUCUGGAAUGACAAGAGUCGGAAGGAGUAG